UUGUAAUAAUACAUGUGUCGCUGUUUAUAGAUGGAUAUAAUUGAUUUGGUCACUGUAUAGGGUGGAUAACAAAUGCUGGAAAUGGACAUAACGUAUAUAUAAUAUUAGAUUUUACCUAAAGAAGACAUAAAUGAAGUUUCGAAAUUCCUCGGAUAAACAAACAUAUCGGAUGACAACCACGCAAACCGCCAGACGUGAAGACGUGAUUCAUUGCUGGUCUUAGUCUAGUGUAGCUGGAUUAAUUUGACUAUGGCAAGAAUUUUGAACGACUUGCCAAGAUGGCUAGUGAUUACUCUGUGGUUGAUUGCCAACAUUGUAUACUUUGUGGUGACCUAUUUCCGGUUCCUCCAGAUAUAUUAUGAUUAUACAAAUCUCAUGCUUGGGCCUGCCCUGCCCUGGGCACGAGCAAGUGCUGCUUGCCUCAAUCUCAAUUGCAUGCUAAUUUUAUUACCGGUGUGUAGAAAUUUGUUAUCAGCCAUUAGAGGAUCAUUUCAAAGAUGUUGUAAUAGAAAUAUACGUCGCCUGUUGGACAAACACAUCACAUUUCAUCGAUACAUAGCUUACAUGAUAUGUAUACAUACAGCAAUACAUUUGGGAGCCCACAUAUUUAAUGUAGAGCGCUACAGGGAAGCAUAUAACAGUAGAGAUACGGCCAAUCGUGAACUGUUAGCGAUGCUCAGCUCCUAUCGAGAUAAUCCAAGUGUUAACACAACAUUCUUAAACUUCAUAGAUUCUCCUAACACUGAUGCUGUUAAGGAGGCACUGAAGACUUUAUCCGGUGUGUCAGGCGUCGUCAUCACACUCAUACUCAUUGUCAUGGUUUCCUCAGCAACUGAGCUCAUCAGACGUUCAUAUUUUGAGAUUUUCUGGUUUACUCAUCAUCUUUUCAUCCUCUUUUUCAUCGGUGUCAUUGUUCAUGGAUUCCAGGGGAUAGUGAGGCGACAGAGUAAUGUGGCAGAACACAAUCCACAGCAAUGUAUGGCCAGCUUCGAGAACUGGGGGAGACCAGGAGGAUGCCCCAUCCCUCAGUUUGUGGGUCUGGAACCCAAUGCUUGGAAGUGGGUGGUGGCACCACUGGUCAUAUACUUCAUAGAGAGGGCAGUCAGAUUCUGGAGAAGUACCCAGAAAGUGGUCGUUUCCAAGGUGGUGCAACAUCCCUCCAAAGUCUAUGAGCUGCAGAUGAAGAAGAAAGGUUUUAAGAUGGGACCAGGACAGUACAUAUUUCUCCAUUGUCCCAGCAUCUCUAGUCUGGAAUGGCAUCCUUUCACGCUUACCUCAGCCCCUGAAGAUGACUAUUUUUCUGUACACAUCAGACGAGCCGGUGAUUGGACAGAGGCACUCGCUAAGGCGUGCUACGUUGAUGAUGGAGAAUUCCAAUCUUCAAGGAAAAUGCCAAGGUUAGCAGUGGAUGGACCGUUUGGAACAGCUACAGAGGAUAUUUUCUGGUAUGAAGUUGAUGUAUUCGUGGCGGGGGGUAUUGGAGUCACUCCAUUUGCUUCCAUCCUGAGACAUAUCUGGCACAAACACAAAGAAUCCAAAGAAGACAUGAAGCUGAGAAAGGUGUACUUUUACUGGGUGUGUCCAGACACCAACUCUUUUGAAUGGAUUAACGAUCUUCUGAAGAACUUUGACCAACAAAUGGCUGAAGACGGUCACAGCGAGUUUCUCAAUUACUAUAUCUACUUAACACGGGGCUGGGACAAAAACCAGGCCCAAAACAUUAUUUUACAUGAACAUGAGGAUGUUGACCCGGUGACUGGGCUAGCACAAAAGACACAUUAUGGACGACCAAACUGGGACAAGAUUUUCCAGGACAUUGCUAAAAGUCACCCAAGUACCAGUGUGGGGGUGUUUUUCUGUGGGCCUGGGGCUCUUUCCAUGACCCUCCACAAAAUGUGUAACAAACACUCCACAGUAGGAGGAACCAAAUUCUUCUACAACAAAGAAAACAAGAAGCAGGAGACUGACUCACUGAGGAGUGAUCGAGUGUCGGCUUUAUUUAGGACUCUGAUGGAUCAACUCCAUAGCUUGUUUAAGACAAAACGAUAUCAGAGAUGCCUGGAUAUUUUGAGAAGAUCUCCAAAGUCUUCUUUGCUGGAGACGUUUACCAUAACAAACAACAUAAACUCGGUGGAGAUAUCCUUGAAUUUGUUGUCAGGAAAUACUACAUUUACUACAAUUAAAAAUGUAGAAGAGGAAUUUGCACACUUACUACAAAAAAUAAGAUGUAUUCCAGCUAAAGAGGAAACAUUAGUGGUGGAAAUCUGUGUUGUGUGCAAUAUAACUGUGUGUCUUCUUGUUCAGGGCCUUUGUCCUGUUGAUCAUUGUCUAGAGAUGGUGUCAUUCACCCUGCAGAAAGUCUGGAAUUUAACUGGAAGAAGAAGAAGAAGCCAUCAAACAACCAACAAAAAAUUCAGUAGGAAAGAUCUCAUAUUCAGUAUGCUGAAAGACAUUUGGGAUUCAGAUUUGAGUGGACCAUUAUGUCAGAGUUUGGUAGAAAUUUGUUCCAGAUGUGCUACUGUCCUUCUUCUGAACAGGAAGCCAGAGACAGCUCUACAAUUUUUGUCUCUUUGUAAAAUGGAAUCGCAGAAAAAUCCUGUGCAUGAGGAGGCCUUCCUGCCUGCACUGUUAAUCCCCAUAGAGGUGUCUUUGCUAGGAGGUGAGGCAUGUUCCUCCGAGUCUGGGACAUUUGAGACCUGGCACCUCCUGUCAGCACUGAGUCUCUAUCCAGAUGAGCCCUCAGCAUGCAAGGAACAUCUACAGAAUAUAACGCAGCAAGCCUGGCAGCCCUACACAAAACUUAUGGAAGCACAGUUGGAAUAUGAUGCUGGACAUUACCUGGAGGCCAUGGUUCUUUUGUCUAAGACAGCUGGACUGCCAUUUGAGAUGACAAAGAGAUUAAUGGCUUUACACUGUAAUCUGUUUGGACUGUGUCUGUCAAAACUGAAAAAGCCUCACAGUGCCAUACAAAAGUUCAGGGAAGCAUUAGACUCGGAUUUCUCCUACCUGGUGCCCCUGUAUAACAUCUCCAGAGAGUACAGACAGCUGGGUCUAGAGGAGGCAGAAUUGGAGUCAUUAAACUUGCUAGUCACGGCUUUGGAGAGUAAGGAGACAAAAAAGGAAUCCCCAGACAGCAUCUUUUUCCAGAAUGUCACGAAGAGUGAUAUAAACUUAAUUCAAUCCUUGUAUUAUCUUGCCAAGGCAUGUGAAGUCCAUAACAAAUAUAACAUUGCAUCAGAGAAAUACAUUCAUCUUAUAUCAUUACUCAAAGGCAAUGUAGUCUUAAAGGUAAAUGGCUGCGAGAUCACCAGUGCUCCUUCAAUAUCUGAAAUUUAUAGGUGCACAGUAUUUUCUUUACUGAAAUCUAAAAAAUACCAGCAGUGUGAAAUCUUGUGUAAACAUGUACUGUCAUGCCAGCCUUCAAGUGUCCUUGACCUCUCAAACAUACUGUCACAACAAUCACAAGAACUCUCUCAUUCACAAAUGACCUCCACACAACCUCAAGGUCGGUCAGGGACAUUUGCCCUUGGGAACAACUUUUCACAGUCAGUCAUAAGGGAAAAUUCUGUUGAAGAGAAGGAGGCAGAAGGGUCCAAAGGUAAAAGGAAGAGGUUACCAUCACAGGAGGCAGCUGACUUUGACCCCGAAGGUCAAACAGAGCUGGUCUUCGUUCACCUCUACAAAGCAGAAGCUCAGGUGUAUCUCAACAAGAUUGAGGAAGCCAUUGAAAGUCUAGACACUGUCCUAGAAGUAAUCAGAAAUUCCUGUUCAUUUGGGACUCCAUUGUCAGCCCAGUCAUUAUCACAAGAAACAAAAAGACAAAGGUUGAGUUCUGAUGGUGCUGCCAAGCCAACAUCAUCCACAAACACAGCCUCAUUUUGGGAAGAAGUACGUCAGCAGGCAUCUCUUGUUUAUUGUUGCUUGGGAACCAACCUAGGUCGACAAAACAAGCUCACAGAUGCCCUGCACUACCUCAGACUCAGUUUUCAACUUGAUAAGGGUCAUUUGACAAGUUUGUACAACUGCACAGCUGUGUUGUGGAGAUUAGAGAGACAGGAGGAAGGGGCAUUGUUGUGGUGUAAGGGGAGACAACUUGACACACAGACUGACAGUUUUCAGAUGGCGGGUCUGAUAAAACGUAAAAAGGCAGCAUUGCAGAAUCCAGGGGGAAAUGACCUUCCCUUUGAAGUCAAGGACAAAGUCACAGACCAGGAAGCAGUACAUCUUGACGUCCGAUGUUUAGAGUUUCUUAUUCGCUGGAGGCGUGACAGAUGACCUGUGGUCAGAUGGCUGAUGAACUUCAUGCUCUGCUGAUCUUAUAACAAUUUAGUAUGUCAGCCUUGGCUUGGUACAGUGUAUGUCUUUAGACAGAGUGACCAGUAGGUUUUUUGCAUUGUAAAAUACUGUUA